AGGACUGAUAUGAUCUGGGAGAAGAGAGGGGAGAAGAGAGGGGAGAAGAGAGGGGAGAAGAGAGGGGAGAAGAGAGGGGAGAAGAGAGGGGAGAAGAGAGGGGAGAAGAGAGGGGAGAAGAGAGGGGAGAAGAGAGGGGAGAAGAGAGGGGAGAAGAGAGGGGAGAAGAGAGGGGAGAAGAGAGGGGAGAAGAGAGGGGAGAAGAGAGGGGAGAAGAGAGGGGAGAAGAGAGGGGAGAAGAGAGGGGAGAAGAGAGGGGAGAAGAGAGGGGAGAAGAGAGGGGAGAAGAGAGGGGAGAAGAGAGGGGGAACAGAAGCGAGGGAAGCGGAAAGACAAGACCAGAGAGGAUGGAUUGAUAUGAUCUGGAGGCAGGGAAAGAGAGAGAGGGAGAGGGAGAGGGAGAGGGAGAGGGAGAGGGAGAGGGAGAGGGAGAGGGAGAGGGAGAGGGAGAGCGAGAGGGAGACGAGAUCAAUGGGAGAAGAGCCUCCCCCUCAGCAUAAAGACGAGAUCAAUGGGAGAAGAGCCUCCCCCUCAGCACAAAGAUGAGAUCAAUGGGAGAGGAGCCUCCCCCUCAGCACA